UGAAACUACACAUCUGAUAAUAAGUAUAACAAUCAUGUCGAUUUUGGUGUCACUUGAAACAGAGUGAUGGGUAAGUGUCAUUGAUUUUUGCAAGGUUAUAUACUUGUUUUAUUUGAUUAUCUCAAAAAAAAAUUACUCGUUGUGACUUGUGGGUCUCAUAAAACUUGUUGUACUCCAAUAAUAUAGAUAUGUAUAAAUAAAUUUACACGUUAGUGGUAAAAAUAAGAUUUUAAUCGAGACAACCGCCUCCUAAGAAGACAAAGGAGUCCAAGAAGGCGGUAUUGACUAGCCUCGGUCGAGUUUUGCGCAGACAGGAGCCGCUUCAGCAGAGUAGCCAUAUAAAUUUGCAUAUUGACGACACAAGUGUUACCCUGUUGAGUUUCGUGGGGUGGCAGGAUAUGUUUAAAACAAGCAAGUAUAUCUUUUUAAGUGUGAGACCCCCAUAUUCAACUAAUUCUUUGGCGCAGGAUUUCGUUGCAAUAUCCAUACAAUCCCUGGCUGAUGGAAGAGUUUCUUCUGCAUUUCAUUUCCUGGCAAUGACAAGCAUCCUCUUCUAAUUUCCUAGAAGAGCCCUCUGAUCAUCCAUGACACCACCAUCACACAUUUCCCGCGUCACUAAUUGACUUCAUUCCUCACGACUUUUGCCCAUCCUUCAUUUUUCCACGUUACACGCAGACCUCAAAGCUAAGGCAGCUGAAUAAUUUGGCGAAGGCACUCACUUUACAUUGUUAUAUCAUGUGACAUCCACCUUUGGAUAGUUGUCCAUUGACAUUGCUGAGUUCACUGGCCAAGUUCUGUUACUGAUUCUACUGGUUUCGCUUUUGUUUACAUGGAGGACGAAAGAGAUGCGGAUGAUGCAAUUCGUGCGCUUGACCGUAUUGAAUUUGGUAGAAAGGGCCGCAGACUCCGUGUUGAGUGGACUAAGCAAGAACGAAGUACCCGGCGACCAGAGAGCUCUAAGAAAUCUUCAUCUACCUCCAGACCCUCAAAGACACUGUUUGUCAUAAACUUUGAUCCAUAUCAUACUAGAACAAAAGAUUUAGAGAGACAUUUUGAUUCUUACGGAAAAAUACUUAAUGUAAGGAUCCGAAGAAAUUUUGCCUUUAUACAGUUUGAAUCACAGGAAGAAGCAACAAAAGCUCUGGACGCUACUAACUUGAGCAAAUUGUUGGAUCGUGUCAUCACUGUUGAGUAUGCAAUCAAGGAUGAUGAUGAAAGGCAAAACGGACAUAGCCCUGACCGAAUUCGUGACAGAUCACCUAAAAGAGGAGGAUACGACAGGGUGAGGUCCCCGAGCCCGUACAGGAGAGAGAGGGAAAGUCCUGAUUAUGGACACGGGCGGGCCCGCAGCCCGUAUCGUAGAGAGCGGGCCAGUCCUGUCUAUGCUCGAAGGUCAAGCCGGAGUCCUGUUAGGAAAGAAAGGGAUCUUGAACGUGGCCGUGUCAGAACUCCAAGUCCAAGGAAGGAGAGAGACAGAGAGUCUGAUUACAAAAACCAUAAACGAAGCCCAAGUCCUCCGCCAAGGGAGAGGUCCAAUGGUGAUGUGGGCCGUGGGCCCAGCCCGGUUAAGAGGGUUAGUCCAGAUCCUGUUCGUGACCCAAGUCCAAGCUCUCAAAGGGAGCCUGGGGAGAGGGACCCUAGCCCUGAUGAUUAUGCCCGUGAUAGAAGCCCUGUUUACAGUGAUGCUGAGAGCCCUCCUCGUGAUCGAUUUGGGAGUCAAUCACCAGCGGCACAGGAAAGGUCCCGAUCGUGAUAUGAACAUUUGAUGUUUGAUGGAAAACGAAAUGCGACAGAGUCUUUACCAAGAUAUAAUCAUUAGCAUAUGUUUAGACGCAGAUUGGUUUUUAAUUCUUGCUAGUUUUUCUUUUAUGUGGACUUUGUGCACUCAAUGUAGUAUGUGGGCACGAUCUUUUCUUCAGAACUUCUGUAGUUUCUGCUAAGACAUGUGGUUUAUGAAUCUCUAUUAGUGCUUGUUGACUAGAACUCGGUACCAAGUUGAAUACUUCAUUAGGAAAAAAGCAGCUAAAUUA